CCUGCCCGGGCUCCAGCUUGGAGGAGGGGCGUGGCCGGCCUGUUUUAGGAGGGGAGGGGCUCUCCUUCCAGUGCUGGGCUCUGCCAGGGCGGCUGUGGGGUCUCCUUACCUUGGGGCAUCUACUCUGCAGUCGAACAGUUCCCGCCAGGGGCAGCGGGUAGGAAGGAGAGCAGCAUCUGCGGGAGGAAGUGCAGCUGCCGCGCCGCCACCUCGAAGACACUGCAGGCUCGGGGCACGAGACGACCUAGAGACCGCGCUGCCUGGUCUGGGUAACCUGGGGAGAGGGUAGUUAAGUGGCGCUUUAAGAUAACCCUGUAGCAGCAGCGGUGGUGGCGAAAGGAGACUGCUCAGGGCAUUGGCAGCUGGAGGAGGCUCUGGGGUGACUGGAGCGACCGAAGCCAAGGCAGUUCAGUGCCUCUCGUGUUCUUAUUUUUUAACCUCUGACUAUGCAAUUCUGAAACCUCCCCCAUUCGGGGGACUAGACAGCCUGAUAGACACCUUCCACCGUCCUUCCUCCCGCUCUGGUCUCGAGAACAGAAGGAUCUCUCCCUAACGCCUUUCACCAUUAAGAGGAAAGCGAUGGAGGAGCUGAGCGCUGAUGAGAUUCGACGGAGGCGCCUUGCACGACUUGCUGGAGGACAGACCUCCCAGCCCACCACCCCGCUCACCUCCCCCCAGAGGGAGAACCCUCCUGGGCCUCCUAUAGCCGCAUCAGCCCCUGGCCCCUCCCAGAGUCUUGGUCUCAAUGUCCACAACAUGACCCCAGCUACCUCCCCAAUAGGUGCAUCAGGAGUAGCCCAUCGAAGCCAGAGCAGUGAAGGAGUCAGUUCUCUCAGCAGCUCACCCUCCAAUAGCCUUGAAACACAGUCUCAGUCUCUUUCCCGUUCUCAGAGCAUGGAUAUCGAUGGUGUCUCUUGUGAGAAAAGCAUGUCCCAGGUGGAUGUGGAUUCAGGAAUUGAAAAUAUGGAGGUUGAUGAAAAUGAUCGGAGAGAAAAACGGAGCCUCAGUGAUAAGGAGCCUUCAUCGGGCCCUGAAGUGUCUGAAGAGCAGGCGUUACAGCUGGUCUGUAAGAUCUUUCGUGUCUCUUGGAAAGAUCGGGACAGAGAUGUCAUCUUUCUUUCUUCUCUUUCUGCACAGUUUAAGCAGAACCCAAAAGAAGUGUUCUCUGAUUUUAAGGACUUGAUCGGCCAGAUUUUAAUGGAAGUGCUCAUGAUGUCCACUCAGACUAGAGAUGAAAACCCAUUUGCCAGUCUGACAGCCACAUCACAGCCCAUUGCAGCGGCAGCUCGGUCACCAGACAGAAACCUCAUGCUAAAUGCUGGCUCCAAUCCAGGAACAAGCCCCAUGUUCUGCAGUGUGGGUUCCUUCAGUGCCAGCUCUUUGUCCAGCCUCUUUGAAACUAGUCCAGCUCCCACUCCCAGUCUCUGGAGCUCUGUGCCAGUGAUGAGUCCGUGUUUUGCCUCGCCUUCCCGUGCGGCCAGCCAGAUGGCUGUGCCUUCCUCUUGCCUCGGUCCUCACGGCGCGGCCUCCGGAGCUGCUGCGGGCAGCCAGCCCUCAUCUCCACGCUACCGCCCCUACACGGUCAUGCACCCGUGCGGGUCUUCCCCUUCUCCCGCCCCGCGGUCCUCAGGCAUCUCCGUUCCGCCUAGCUCCCCAAGCCUCCCUACCCUCGCUAGCAGCCCCCAAGCAGUGCCCGCCAGCAGUUCCGGACAGAGGCCCACCAGCAUGGGCCCACCUUUACCGCCCGCCUCACCCAGUGCCGGGAGCAGACGUCCCUCCUCCCUGAGGAUCUCUCCUAGUUUGGGAGCAUCUGGUGGAGCUAGUAAUUGGGAUUCCUACAGUGACCAUUUCACCAUUGAAACCUGCAAGGAGACAGAUAUGCUGAACUACCUCAUCGAGUGUUUUGACCGUGUUGGAAUAGAGGAAAAAAAAGCACCAAAGAUGUGCAGCCAGCCAGCAGUCAGUCAGCUUCUGAGCAACAUACGCUCCCAGUGCAUAUCCCACACUGCGUUAGUACUACAAGGUUCGCUAACACAACCAAGGUCCCUUCAGCAGCCGUCCUUCCUAGUUCCGUAUAUGCUGUGUAGAAAUCUCCCAUAUGGCUUCAUUCAAGAACUGGUGAGAACCACUCACCAGGAUGAAGAAGUGUUCAAGCAGAUCUUUAUCCCCAUUUUACAAGGCCUGGCUCUUGCUGCCAAAGAGUGCUCCCUCGACAGUGACUACUUUAAAUACCCCCUCAUGGCACUAGGUGAGCUCUGUGAAACCAAGUUUGGGAAGACACACCCUAUGUGCAAUUUGGUUGCUUCUUUGCCAUUGUGGUUGCCGAAACCCUUAAGCCCUGGCUCUGGGCGGGAGCUGCAGAGACUGUCUUAUCUGGGGGCUUUCUUUAGCUUCUCAGUCUUUGCAGAAGACGAUGUUAAAGUGGUUGAAAAGUAUUUCUCAGGGCCUGCCAUUACCCUGGAGAACACUCGUGUUGUUAGCCAAUCACUGCAGCAUUAUUUGGAGCUGGGAAGGCAAGAGCUUUUCAAGAUUCUGCAUAGUAUUUUGUUAAAUGGUGAAACCCGUGAGGCUGCUCUUGGUUACAUGGCAGCUGUCGUCAAUGCCAAUAUGAAGAAAGCACAGAUGCAGACAGAUGAUAGAUUGGUAUCUACAGAUGGAUUUAUGCUGAAUUUCCUUUGGGUACUACAGCAGCUAAGUACAAAAAUCAAGUUAGAAACGGUUGAUCCUACGUAUAUAUUCCACCCAAGAUGUCGGAUUACUCUUCCAAACGACGAGACGCGAGUGAACGCCACGAUGGAGGAUGUGAGCGACUGGCUGACCGAGCUCUAUGGAGAUCAGCCUCCAUUUUCUGAGCCGAAAUUCCCUACAGAAUGCUUCUUUCUCACCCUGCACGCUCACCACCUCUCCAUCCUGCCUAGUUGCCGCCGCUAUAUCCGCAGACUUCGGGCCAUCCGGGAGCUCAAUAGAACUGUGGAAGAUUUGAAAAAUAAUGAAAGCCAAUGGAAAGAUUCUCCACUGGCAACUAGACACCGUGAAAUGCUGAAGCGCUGUAAAACUCAGCUUAAGAGGCUGGUGCGGUGCAAGGCCUGCGCGGACGCCGCUUUGCUUGACGAGAGCUUCCUGCGGAGAUGUCUGAACUUCUACGGCCUGCUCAUUCAGCUGCUGCUCCGCGUCCUGGACCCCGCCUACCCCGAUAUAACACUGCCUUUAAAUUCAGAUGUCCCCAAGGUAUUUGCAGCGUUGCCUGAGUUUUAUGUAGAAGAUGUUGCUGAAUUUUUAUUUUUUAUUGUACAAUACUCUCCUCAGGUGCUCUAUGAGCCCUGCACUCAGGAUAUUGUGAUGUUCCUUGUUGUGAUGUUGUGCAACCAGAACUACAUCCGAAAUCCAUAUCUGGUGGCCAAACUGGUAGAAGUCAUGUUUAUGACCAACCCUGCUGUUCAGCCACGAACCCAGAAGUUUUUUGAAAUGAUUGAGAACCAUCCUCUCUCCACCAAGUUGUUGGUACCUUCCCUGAUGAAGUUUUAUACAGAUGUUGAGCAUACUGGAGCUACCAGCGAGUUCUAUGACAAGUUCACAAUUCGCUAUCACAUUAGCACCAUUUUUAAAAGCCUUUGGCAAAACAUCGCUCACCAUGGCACCUUUAUGGAGGAGUUCAAUUCGGGGAAGCAGUUUGUUCGCUAUAUAAACAUGCUGAUAAAUGACACAACGUUUUUGCUUGAUGAAAGUCUGGAGUCUCUGAAGCGCAUCCACGAAGUGCAAGAGGAGAUGAAGAACCGGGAGCAGUGGGAGCAGCUGCCCCGGGAUCAGCAGCAGGCCCGUCAGUCCCAGCUUGCUCAGGAUGAGCGGGUUUCACGCUCUUAUCUCGCCCUGGCGACCGAAACCGUGGACAUGUUCCAUAUCCUCACCAAGCAGGUCCAGAAGCCGUUCCUCAGACCAGAACUUGGACCCCGAUUGGCUGCAAUGCUGAACUUUAAUCUUCAGCAACUCUGUGGCCCCAAGUGCCGUGACCUGAAAGUUGAAAAUCCUGAGAAAUACGGCUUUGAACCAAAGAAGCUAUUGGACCAACUGACAGAUAUUUACUUGCAGCUGGACUGUGCUCGAUUCGCUAAGGCCAUUGCUGACGAUCAGAGAUCCUACAGCAAGGAAUUGUUUGAAGAAGUUAUUUCAAAGAUGCGGAAGGCAGGGAUCAAAUCCACAAUAGCAAUAGAGAAAUUUAAACUUCUUGCUGAGAAAGUGGAGGAGAUAGUGGCCAAGAACGCACGUGCAGAGAUCGACUACAGUGAUGCUCCAGACGAGUUCAGAGACCCUCUGAUGGACACCCUGAUGACCGACCCCGUGCGGCUGCCCUCCGGCACCAUCAUGGACCGCUCCAUCAUCCUGCGGCACUUGCUCAACUCCCCCACGGACCCCUUCAACCGGCAAACGCUGACUGAGAGCAUGCUGCAGCCAGUGCCAGAACUGAAAGAACAGAUUCAGGCAUGGAUGAGAGAGAAACAGAACAGCGAUCAUUAAGCCGUCCCCUUCGCCCACCCUCUGCUAGACACAGCCACGGCGGGCAAGGCAGGCAGCAGCAGCAUCUGUGGUGAAACUGCUGUUCACGCGUUGGAGGCCAGAUGUGGCAGAACACCCCGAGAGCCCACCCAGAGCGACCAAAUGGAAGAGAUCUGAAAGGACAUGAAUGCAAAGAGGAGCCCGAUUCCUGUACAUAUAUUUAAGUGACAAACAUAAUCAAAAGCUUGAGGGACGAGUUUUACAAUUGCUUGUAUAAUAAAACAUGUCCUUCAUAUGUCACAAUUUGGGGCUUUUGCAAUGGAAGUCUUUUAGUGAUGACCAGUGGGUCUGGGCAGCAACCCCCUUCAUCUUUUUUUUUUUUUUUUUUAAUCUGGUAUCCGUUGAUUUGAUUGUGAUUAGAGAACCUUGGACAUUUUGCUGCUAAAGAAUCUUUCCCCUUCCUGCCCCUACUUGCACUGCUGUGGAUUUUUUUUAAGAGAAGCAAAAACAAAAAUAAAUUCCUUUCCCUGCCCCGCAAACAUAUAUUCUGUGAGAUAACUGUGCCUGCGACAAAGUGUUAAUCCUGGGAUCGUAUUUUUAUAUCAUAUUCACAUAUUUGUUUUUUUAAUUGGUGUUAGAUGACAUGAUUAAUAAAAAAGGCAAGAUAUUUUCAGAAUUUGAAUUUUAGUUUUUAUUUUUUUUUUCUUUAGAAAUGUCCCUUUUAAAUUUUUUUAUUCUAAACAAAAUGAAGAGUAUCCUGUUGCUCUGGUCCUUACAGUAAGCCCUCUAUUUGGGAUCUAAGGAGCAGUUGCAGCAGAGGACAGUUUGAGUAUAUCAGGACUUAUGUGACUUAUAGGUUUUGGUGGGGAGGGUGAGGGUUGGUUUUUUUAAUGCUGCGUGACAGCUCGAAACCUUUACAGUUAUCCUAUGAGGGUAAAUUAAUUCCUCAACCCUUGAGUCUGUGAGUUCGAGGCAGGGGGUCAUUUGUAUGAUGUGUCCUUUGGGGUUCGAGCUUACCAAAGCAAAAAAGGGUGCAAGAAAUGUGGAAGGAUGUCUGCUUGUUUAACACACACACAGACACAGCCACUCCCACGCACACAAGCAGAAGACUUUUUGUAUUACUGCUCCCUACUUAACAUACUUGAAUUCUUGAAUUUCCUUUGGGGUAAAAAAGGAUUUGAAACCAUAAAGUGUUUUGAAAAAAUUAAAUCUAUAAAAACAUACUUUCUUUUUUCUUUUCCUUUUUUCCCCCCUCCACAGACAAUGUCCUCUGUUCAGUUCCUAACGCAAACUACAAUAAAUGGUGAUACACGUUCAGAAGGAA